AUGGCCGACCUUGAGCCCGAAGACGACCGCUCCGUCGAACUGUCUUCCAUCGCCGCCAUUUAUCCGGAGAUCAGACUCGAGCCCGACACUCCAUUUAAAGCCGCGCUAGACCUCCCUGUUGCUCUUCCGUCGCCUACUCAUAUCAACUUCCAACAAACUCUCGAUGUUGGGCUACCUGCUGCAGUUGCGUUGACACCUCCCACCUCUGUGGAUGGAUCCAAGGCCGAUCUCGGCCCACCUGCCGCCAGAGAUGUUCAUGUAGUAUCGCAUCUGCCCCCUCUCAGUCUAGUGAUCGAAUUACCAGGUGGAUAUCCAUCCGAGAAGCCCCCAGUUGUUAAUCUGAGCAUCACUCCGCCGUGGCUGCCAGCUCCUGUUCUCGUAAAACUCUCAGAUGAUUGUCGACGACUGUGGGAGGAAUGCGGGAAGGAUAUGGUUGUGUACACAUACAUCGACCAUCUUCAACAACUCGCCGAAUCUGCAUUCGGGAUUCAGGACACUUCGGACGGAGAGCUAUGUCUGUCACGAGAUCUGAAAGUCGCCUUGCUGGACUUCAAUAGCAAGGCAGAGCGGGAGAAGUUCGAACACGAGACUUUUGAGUGCGGUGUGUGCCUGGAGCCGAAGAAAGGCGUCAACUGCUACCGUCUACUACGAUGUUCCCAUGUCUUUUGUAUUCCCUGUCUGCAAGACUUCUACAACACUUGCAUUGCUGAGGGCGACGUCAUGAGCGUCAAGUGUCUUGCCCCGGACUGCGAAAAUGAUCAGAGCCCAAAGCGUGCCCCUGGUGCUGAUACUGAUACACCGCGCCGCAAGAAACGUGAUCGAACCCUGGGACCCAGCGAGCUUCUGCAAAUUCCCUUGGAGCCGGAGACAGUACAGAGAUAUGUCUUUCUCAAACGCAAGAAGAAGAUCGAGUCCGAUAAGACCACAGUUUACUGUCCACGAGAAUGGUGCCAAGGUGCAGCCCGAUCAAAACGACACCCGAAACCUACGGACCCAAUGGGAAUGACCGAUGACGCUGAUACCUCUGACGAUGAAGAGGUCAUUGCAUUUGAUCCUCUUGGUGAGGAGGGCCAACUACCACCUAUGGCUGAACGGGUAGCCAUCUGCGAAGACUGCAACUACGCUUUCUGCUGCGUCUGCAAGAAGGGCUGGCACGGCGAGCUUGUUUACUGCUCCCCCCGGCGCCAAGCCGAGCAGACAGCAGAAGAGAAAGCAACCGAGGCAUAUCUGCAGCAAUAUACGUCCCCUUGCCCGACUUGCAAUGUCCGCUGCCAGAAGCGUAUGGGCUGCAACCACAUGCGCUGCACCAAAUGUGAAACCCACUUUUGCUACCUCUGCUCUUCGUGGCUUUCUGCAGAUAACCCAUACCAACACUUCAAUAACGGCAGCAGCAAGUGCUACAACCGCCUCUGGGAUAUGGAAGGCGGUGACGGUAUCGAGCCUGAAGGUGCAGAAGCCUUGCACAGGAUCCCGGAAGCUUUACUGGUUUUCGACGACGAGGAAAUUCCAGACGCAGAAAGCGACGGUGACAGCGACGACAAUAUUGACGGCAAUAUUGAGUGGGAUCUCCAAUUCAGCGAAGAUGAAGAAGACCACCCAUUCAACCACCCUCCUCCACCCGCACCAGUUCCACCCCGUGUCCCCGACGCAGCACGAGGCGGCGGCGCAAACAACCCCGGCCGGGACGCUGCCGCUCGCGCAGCAGCAGCAGAACGCCAGGCCCAAGCACGCGCCAUGGCGGAAGUCCGCAACCGAGAGGCACCAGAUGCCGCGCGAGACCGACAUGCCGCAUUACAGCGGUUCUUGUAUAUGGCCCAGAAUGACAUGGAAGAUGAAUGGGACAGCGACGAGUUGGAUGAUGACUUUUAG